UGAUGUAAAAAGCCAUAACUACAAAUGAUCUCAGAUUAUGGUCUCUCUGCGGUGGUAUUGUAAAAAAAGAUGGCAAGUGCCGGCAAGUUAAGUUAAACUAACCGAUCUUUGUGUAAAAUUAGCUACACUAAACAUGUAUUCUUUAUAACCUUUGAACAAGUGAAAUGAUAUGUAACACCAUAUUAGCACCUCAUUCAUCUGCAUCUCUAAGCAAAGGUUUCCUUUUACACACAAUGAAAACCAGAAGCUUAUUGUUUCUUUCAUCACACAUUUUCAGCCUCUCAAUCUGGUCAUUGUUAUUAUGCUAUUCAUCUGCUUUAUCAGAGAGGAGCACCUACAUAGUCCACAUGGACAAGACUCACAUGCCUGAGGAUUUCACCUCCUAUCACCACUGGUAUUCAUCCACCAUUACUUCCCUUAACUCAAUUUCCACCUCUUUACAUAACAAUGACAACAACAAAGCACCCUCCAUUCUUUACUCUUAUGACAAUGCACUUCAUGGCUUCUGUGUUACCUUGUCACCAGAGGAAUUAGAGAUGCUGAAACAAACCCCAGGUUUCAUCUCAGCAUAUAAUGACAGAGCAGCUACACUUGACACCACCCAGACUUAUGAGUUCCUCUCUCUCAACCCUUCCAAUGGCCUCUGGCCUGCUUCCAACUACGGCGAAAACGUCAUCGUUGGCAUCGUCGACUCCGGAAUUUGGCCGGAGAGUGAAAGUUACAAAGACCAUAGCAUGACAACAGAAGUUCCUUCCAAGUGGAAGGGAACAUGCGAGGCUGGACAAGAAUUUGAUCCCUCAUUAUGUAACUCCAAGCUCAUAGGAGCAAGACACUUCAACAAGGGUGUUCUUGCUGCACAAGGUAAUGAACAUGCUAAAGUUGGCAUGAACUCGGUUAGAGACACCAUGGGACACGGGACUCACACUUCCUCCACAGUCGCCGGCAACUAUGUGAAUGGCACAUCUUAUUUUGGUUAUGCUAAUGGCACAGCCAGAGGAAUUGCACCAAGAGCAAGGUUAGCUAUUUACAAGGUUUCAUGGCCUGAAGGGUCACACUCCUCUGACAUUCUUGCAGGCAUGGAUCAAGCAAUUGCUGAUGGGGUGGAUGUGAUUUCAAUCUCAAUGGGGUUUGAUAAGGUGCCUUUGUACGAGGAUCCAGUAGCAAUAGGUGCUUUCUCUGCCAUGGAGAAAGGUGUGGUGGUUUCAGCUUCAGCAGGAAACUCUGGUCCAGCCCUUGGAUCCUUACACAAUGGGAUUCCUUGGGUUUUAACAGUUGGAGCAAGCAACACUGAGCGUUCUUUUGGGGGCACUUUGGUUCUUGGAAAUGGGAAGAGCUUUGUGGGGUGGACACUUUUCCCAGCAAGUGCCACAGUGAAUAAACUUGCUCUAGUUUACCAUAAAAACAUUUCAGCAUGUGACUCCUCUGAGCUUUUAUCACAGUUAGGACGUAAAAGCAUUGUUGUAUGUGAUUCAAUAAAGCAUGUUGCAAAGCAGAUUCGUCAUGUGACGGAGUCUCAAGUGUAUGGAGCUAUAUUCAUGUCCAGUGAUUCUAGACUCACUGAAAGGGGAAAAUUAACAAUGACAUGCCCUGGUGUUGUGAUUAGCCCUGAAGAUGGAAAAAGUGUGAUCGAAUAUGUAAAAACGACAAUACACCCUUUGGCAACAAUAAAGUUUCAACAAACGUUUGUUGGAACAAAGCAUGCUCCAAUUGUGGCUAGCUACAGUUCAAGAGGCCCUUCUUGGGGGUGUCCUUCUGUAUUGAAGCCUGAUGUGAUGGCACCAGGAUCAUCAAUUCUUGCUGCUUGGAUUCCAGAUUCACCUGCUGCUCAGAUUGGCUCAAAUGUGUUCUUGAGCAGUGAAUACAAUUUGUUAACUGGAACUUCCAUGGCUUGUCCUCAUGCUUCUGGGGUAGUGGCUCUAUUGAAAAAUGCACACCCUGAAUGGAGUGUUUCUGCUAUUAUUUCUGCACUUAUAACCACAGCAAACCCACUUGAUAACACUGGAAAACAUGUUGAAGAGAAUGGUUACUAUGAUCCUCCUCAACCAGCUUCUCCUCUGGCUAUGGGAGCUGGUCAGAUUAAUCCUAAUAGAGCUCUUGAUCCUGGUUUGAUUUAUGAUGUGACACCUCAAGAUUAUGUCAACCUUUUAUGUGCCAUGAACCUCACAAAAAGCCAAAUUUUAUCCAUCACUAGAUCAAAAGGCUAUAAUUGCUCAAUUUCAGUGUCAUCUUAUGAUUUCAAUUGCCCAUCUUUCAUAGAUUUCUAUGUCAAUGAGAGUGUAACUGGGGAGAGAAAAUUCAGGAGAACUGUGACCAAUGUUGGAGAUGGUCCUGCAGUUUACAUGGCCAGGGUGAACGUGUCAAAUGAUUCAGCAAUCACUGUUUCUCCUAAUAAGCUGGUUUUCAAGAGAAAAUAUGAGAAACUGAGCUUCACUUUGACAUUGAAGCACUCUCAAAUGGAGAAGAAACAUAGUGUAGCUUCUGGUGCACUUGAGUGGGUUGAAGAAACUGGAAGAUAUACUGUUAGGAGUCCUAUUGUGGUGGUACCAGAGAAUGUUGUCUUCAACUCAGAAACAGAAGGUGGGGUUUAAGUUCACUUUCUAUUGCAUUAUGCAUAUUCGUUUAUACUUUAUAUAUAAUAUAAUGUAGUAUAGAUUAUGUUCUUCUUACUGUUAUGAACCUUAACCGGUUAUAGAAGUGACUUCCAAUUAAGUGGAAAUCACCUGCAUUUAUAGAAGUAUAGAAACUCAGAAACUUGGUAUGGGAAUAAAGGCUCUCUUUGUUGAUGUUUUUAUUGCUUCUAUUCAUAAC